AUGACGGCACCCAAGAACGAAACACCACCCAACGACAAGGGACCCUCGACCACCACCCCGACGGGGGAGGGGCCCCUUCGGCAGCGGUUCGCACCGGAUACCCAGAAACCAGUGGCCCAGAUUGCGGAUCCCUUUGUGCCUUUCCCUUGUUCCCCCCUGGUCCGCCUCAACUUGUCGCUGCCCGAGAUUGGGGUUCCUGUGUGCCCUUUGACGCGUCUUCAAGCUUCGAACCGGCUUCGAGAAAACGACGUCACCCCAGAGGCCUUUACCCAAUGGGAGCCCAACGAUGACUGCUUCCCCCGUCCUUAUUUCCGCCCCUUUGCGACUGUGACUUGCUGGCCGCUUGUCUACCGCCUCGUUACCAGCCAGUCGCUGUCCAACGCUUCGUUGCCAGAGGCGCUCGACGAUAUCCCACGCUCUCCCACCAACGAUGUGGUCACCGCUGCACACAGUCACGACACUUCCACCAACGGCGUACCGAGUCAUUAA